AUAAGGGAUUAAUUAUGGCUUGAAUAAUUAUAAACUAGAUCAUUAAGAAGUCAAGAAUAUAUGAUACUUUUUUUAUUAAUAAUAAAAUCAUAAUUGGGUGCAUAAUAAUUAUUACGUUUUGCCUUAAUUUCUCUAUGAAAUCUUGCAUCAGUAUUACUUUUCGAGUGAAAUUAAUGAAAUAAAACCUGUAAGUAUCGGUCGAAUGAAACUAAAAACAAAACAAAAAGAACAUGUAACUGCAUAUUUUGAAAUGUUUUGAGGUGCAUCUAAAGAACUGAGUUUUAACAGGUUUUAAUCUUGUAAUAACUAGCGAUUGUGUAUAUCACUCUAGAACCAAGUGCCCUAGUUACGUUUGGUUGGCAUGAAGAAACUGAAAGAACCAAGAUGUCUGCAAAAGUUGGCACAAUGGUCCCUGAUAUCAAAAAAGUUCCACUUCAGAUUUCACCGCAUUUACAAACGUACGAUUGCCGAAUGAUCAUAAAUAAUUGCGAUAUGAAUGCAGUAACUGACUAUAAGCAAAGAAUACAGAUGUCUCUCUGAAUUCUUUGCUAUAAGUAUUCAAUAAUUAUCUUAGAAUUUUCAAAUUUACAACUGUUUAAAUUAGAAAGUGGAAUCGUAGUUCCACGUGACAUUCCCCUCUACCGGUUUAACAUUUUGGCGUAAACCGCAAAAAUUUUCGCGUGCAGUUUUCCUUAUUGGCAAAAGCGGUGAAUCACGACGAAUGCGUGGCACAAUGUAACGGGAAUUUGCCUGAUCAGUCGACAGGAAUCUCUCCGGAUCCUUCCAUACCCGGCAGUACCGGCUCACCCGGCACGAAUUGUAUUGGCUACUCGGCUUGCAAUUACUUGUCAAAUACAAGAUGGAACUCGAUGGAAGAAAUCGCUUCGAGCCUGAUGCUAGACAAAAUAAUGGUAUCCACUAUUUGGAUCCACCUAUUAAAUCAGAAUCUGAUAAAAAAGAAUAUAGAGUUAUCAAAUUGGCAAAUGGAUUAACUGCGUUGCUCAUCUCAGAUUUUUGUUUAAAGUCUAACUUUGAUGCAGAAGGAAAACCGCAAACAGGCGAUAUUGCUGGAAAUUAUGUUAAUUUCUUAAACCAUGAGUCUUGGCAGGAAGAAGAAAAACUGGCUAGUUGUUCUUUAACGCUGGAUGUUGGAAACUUCUCUGAUCCGGAAGAAGUUUAUGGCUUGGCUCUUUGUUUGAAGCAUAUGAUCGUCGCAGGAUCUGAGAAGUACCCACAGGAAAAUGAUUUUGAUGAAUUUGUUAAAACGUUUGAUGGUUUUCAAUGUGCUAUAGCAGAGGGUGAUCAUACCACGUUCUUCUUUGAGAUAAAAGAAGAUUACUUACUCCCUGCCGUGGACCGUUUCACACAACUUUUUAUUAAUCCUCUCUUAAAGAGAAAUGCAUUUAACAAAAUAAAACAAGCUGCAGCCAAUGAAUUUCAGUUGAAUGAAGGAAUUGAUUGCAAUCGUAAACAUAUGCUGUUGGGAAGUCUACUUAAGCCUGGUCAUCCUGCUUCACGAUUUUUGGGGGGCAACUUAAAAAUAAUACAAAAUUAUAUUACGGAUGAUAAAUUAUUCGAGGUACUAUAUAUCUUUUAUAAACGAUAUUACAGUGCACAUAGAAUGACAGUGGCAAUACAAGCUCAAUUUUGUUUAGAUGUAUUGGAAACAUACGUCAAGGAUUAUUUUUCGGCAAUUCCAAAUAAUGGACUGCUGCCCGAUGAUCUUUCUCGAUUUGACUGUGGUGUGACUGCCUUUGAUAUUGAGAAGUUUCGAAAAAUCUAUAAAAUGAAACCUGUUGACAAUACUUGUGAGGUUAUGCUUUCAUGGAUAAUGCCUCCUGAGUUUAGACAUCGCAAUGAUAAAGUUCAUAGAUACGCUGCAUGGAUUUUGGGACAUGAAGGUAAAGGCAGUUUAGCCAAUUAUUUUCGUAAAAAACUCUGGUGCUUGGAACUGAGCGCUGGAAUUAAAGGAUCCAGUUUCGAAAGCAAUAGCUUUUAUUCUUUAUUCAAUAUCAGUGUGACUUUAACCGAUGAAGGCCGGAAGCAUUUAAGGGAAAUCUUGGAUUCUAUAUUUUCUUAUAUCAAUUUAUUACAUAGAAAAAAUCCAUGCAAAUCACUGUACGAUGAAAUAAAACGAACAAUGGAUUUCGAGUUCAGAUUCGUUGAUGAACUGCCUGUCAACGUAAAUACAUAUUUCCUUUCCUGGGGAAUGCAAAAAUAUUCUAAAUCAACUGAUUAUGUCAUUGGCAAAUAUUUAUGUCCCGAGUUUAACCAACAAGUAAUUAAAGACUAUUUGCAAAAUAUCACUCCAGACAAUGUUAACAUUAUGAUUGCUGAUAAACAAUUUGACGAUGCUAUGUUGAAAAAUGUUGAACCUCGGCUCCGAACGAAAUAUAUUUGCGAAGAAAUACCUACAGAGUGGGUGGACCGAUGGAGAACAAUAGAGCCUUAUGCCGAAUUUCAUUUACCAGAACCGAAUACUUUUCUACCAGACGAUUUCUCUUUGAUUUCACCCACUACAGAUAUUUUCAAAUAUCCCGUCGAAAUUUACCACGACGAGAUAGCUGAAAUUUGGUAUAAACCAGAUUACAAAUACAAACGUCCUCAAUGUUACAUGAAUGUUUUGCUUAUCUUCGAAUGUGCAUUUGUUUCGCCAAAACAUGCAGUUGUGUUGGACGUAUUAAUUCCUGUUCUGAAGCAUUUACUCGCAGAGCAAUUGUAUCCUGCUAGCUUGGCGAAACUUAAUCACUCUAUCGAUGUGGGUUCAAGAAGCAUGACCAUAAAAGUUAAUGGAUUUAAUCAAAAAGUGCCGAGCUUACUACAUAUUAUACUGAAAUAUCUGGUAGACCUGCCCAAUUUGGUAACAGAAGAAUUAUUUAACAGCAAAAAAGCAACAAAACUGAAGGAGUAUCGAGAUCACUUUAUAUUGCCAUCGAAUUUAAUAUGGGAUGUGCAUAAGUCUAUCACAGUGAUGACAAAUUGGACAACCGUUGACAAGCAUGCAGUUCUAAGUACACUUGAGUUUGACGAAUUUAAAUUUCUUGCAUCUAUGUAUCUGAGUCGAGCUAGUAUUCGUUUCCUUGCACAAGGGAAUAUUCUUGAAAAUGAGGUAAUUGAAUGUGGUAAGAAGUGUCUUGGGAUUUUGAAUUGUCGACCUGCAUUGCGGAGCGCAUUUCCACAGCAAAGAAACGUUCAACUGCCUCCAGGUCAAUGGUUAUGUAAAGUAAAAAACAUCGAUCCUAGUGUAACAAUGUCGGCUGUAAUGAAUUACUAUCAAGUGGGUUUCACAGAUCAAGAAUUAAGACUCAAGAUUGAACUGUUAACAUUUAUUAUGAAACAACAAAAGUUUGACAAAUUGAGGAUACAGCAUCAAUUGGGUAAUGGUGGGAUGUACGAGUUUCAACUAUCACUUAAUGUUAUUGGUUUGAUAAUUAAUAUUGUGAAGAAUACUGAUAAGUUCACAACUGAAAACAUAGAUGAAAAUAUAGACGCCUUUCUAAAGUCAUUUCUUGAAGCUUUAGAGAAAAUGUCAGAGGAGGAAUUCAGGGACUUUCAAGAUUCUCUAAUCAAAAACGAUAAAUUGAGUGCCGAGUUUACUUUGUCGGACGAAGUCAGCAAAAAUUGGGUCGAGAUUGUUAACUCGUACUUCAAUUUUGAUGCAUAUGAGAAAGAGAUUGAUGAUAUUAAAAAAUUAACGUUGGAAGAUGUUAAGGAAUGUAUGAAGAAUUAUUUCAUUAACGGACCGAAUAUGCGGAAACUGAGUAUUCAUGUGAUAGGAGCCACAAAAAGCGACUUGGGCGAAGUUGAAGAAAUCACGGAAGAUAUUAAAUCAUUUGCAGUGACAGAAACGGAAGUCGAAAAGUUAGAAAAAUUAAAAUCGAAUUUGGAAAACGUGUAUCAAGAGCGAGUUAAAUCUUUUCUCGACCGUAAUCUAAAGUUGGAUGAGAACGAUAGUGCAAAUUCUGGAGUGCGUUAUAUUGUUGACGUAGAACACUUCAAACACACCCUUCCUCUAUACCCUAUACAUUUUCCUGAAUCAUAGCAGCGAUUUUGGAUGUAUUUGCUUUAAAUGCUUUUAUAUUACAUGACAUUGACAGGAACAGCAGCAUCAAUAACAAUCACAUAAUAAAUAGCAUUUAUUAUUGAAAAUGUUAAGGUAAUUUAAACACUUAGUUGACAUUACUUUUUAUUUUGUAAGGAUUAUUUUAUUUUGAAAUUAUUUUUCUAGAUUGUAAUAAACAUUAGGAACUAGUUUUGAGUAUAACAUACAUCAAUUGUUGAGAUUUAAAUGAAUAAUCUAUAUUUUCUUAUACACAUAGUAUUUUAAAGAAAUUGCGAUGCUGAAAAAGCUACUUUCAUCUGAAGUAAAAAACAUUAUCCCUGUAUAAGGUCUACUUUUAUAAUAAUAAAUAAUCUCAUAAGCACAAA